AUGCAUUGGUCUCCUUGUGUCCUCCGGCCUGUCACACGACGGUCUGCUCUUGCUCUUAGAUUUCCCUUGCUCCGAAGCUCACUUACACAACCGCAUACCAAGACUGCCUACUCCUACUUUGGCUCCACCUUGAGAAUGGCGUCCACAUUACCGAAGCUACCCCUCUUCGACGCAAUUGCACGUCACGAUCCAGAUUCCACCGCCGUGAUACACUCGCUGUCUGGUCGGAGAUUCAAGUACGGAGAGCUCCUGGGCGAUGUCUGCAAGGCCAGGAACAGGUUGCAGGAGGCUGCUGGCAAGCAGGACCUCAAUGGCGAUAGAAUCGCGUUCUUGGUAGAGAAUAGCUAUGACUACGUAGUAACUCUCCUCGCUACGUUUGCUGCCCGAGCCAUCGCCAUUCCCCUCUCACCAGCUUUCCCGGCCGCGGAGCUCCAGUACAUCCUGAACCAAUCCGAAGCCUCACUCCUCGUUUCCUCAGCAAAGUUUGCGAACAAGGCCUCCGAGGUGCUGGCCACCGAAUUGGACGUGAAACCUUCAUACCUGCACUUAGAGAAGCUCCCUGGAGGCUCUGCGCAUGAGCAUGUCACCUUGGAGAAUGACGACCCCGGAAAUGCCGCCAUGAUGUUGUACACCUCGGGAACGACGAAUCGACCUAAAGGUGUUCUCCUCCCUUCCUCUACACUCACAGCGCAGUCCAAGAGCCUGGUGCAAGCAUGGGAAUACUCGGCCGCCGACCACCUCCUACACGUGCUCCCCCUCCACCACAUCCACGGUACCGUAAACGCCAUCCUCACCCCCCUCUUCGCUGGAAGUACCGUCGAGUUCAUGUUCCCGUUCAACCCCGACAAGGUAUGGCGCCGUUUCGCCAGCCCCUUCGUCCACGAGAACGGUCUGCCCAAGGAGAAGAUCACCUUCUUCACCGUCGUACCCACCGUCUACAGCAGGCUCCUAUCCACGCACAAAACACUACCAGUCGAGCUCCAAGAACCCGCCCGUGAAGCCAUCUCCCCCAAGCACAUGCGCGUCAGCAUCUCCGGCUCCGCCGCCCUUCCCACCCCCGUGAAGAAGGCAUGGGCCGACCUCAGCCACGGCAACAUCCUCCUCGAGCGCUACGGCAUGACCGAGGUCGGCAUGGCUCUCAGCUGCGGUCUCGACUUCGCCGACCGCGUAGACGCUAGCGUCGGCUGGCCGCUACCCACCGUCGAAGCCCGUCUCAUCGACGUCGACACGGGCGAGAUCAUCAAGGCCGGCGAGGAGAAGGAUGCCCAGGGCCGCGAACGCUCCGGAGAAAUCCAGCUGCGCGGCCCCACCAUUUUCAAAGAAUACUGGCGCAACCCCACCGCCACGGCCUCCGAGUUCGUCGAGGGCGAGGACGGUCGCGGAAAGUGGUUCAAGACGGGCGACGUGGCCGUCCGCAGACCCGUCCCUACUGCUGGCCACAGUCGCCACGAGUGGGCCCGCGGCGACAUGUACUUCAUCCAGGGCCGCAAGAGCGCCGACAUCAUCAAGAGCGGCGGCGAAAAAGUCAGCGCCCUCGAAGUCGAGCGCGAGCUCCUCUCCCUGCCCGAGAUAGCCGAGGCCGCUGUCGUGGCCGUCCCCUCGGGUAAGUGGGGUCAGAAGGUUGGCGCUAUCGUCAUCCUGGACAAGGAGCACGCGACCAAGUGGUCGGCGAUGGACAUGCGCCGGGCGCUUAGGGAUCGCCUUGUAAAUUACAAGAUUCCUCAGAUUUUGAGAGUUGUCGAUCAUAUACCCCGGAAUGCGAUGGGAAAGAUUAAUAAGAAGCAGUUAGUGAAAGCGGUCUUUGCUGAUGACUUCAGCGGAGAUGAGAUGUAA